GGCGCCCUUGUCCUUUCUCACUUCCACUUUAUUAUCGCUCUCGUGCAGUUAUCAUAGGUCCGAGUGCACUAGAAACUGCCAGCCCCGGGUUUGGGUCACUCAGCCACCAGCUCAAGGGAGAAGGAGAGGAAAAUUGUCGCUGCUGUGUUUCUGAAGGGCAAAUGAAGUAGUUUGACUUCACUCUAUGAACUUGAUGUCCAUUGAUUAACUGCAAAUUACAACACAGAAAAGGGAUAACUUGUUCAAGAUGAUGGGAAUCUACUUCCACCCACUAUUUCUGAUCGCUUCGGUUCAGUAUGCUGCCUGCCAGGAACUCCCAAACCAAUUAUCGAAUCCAACUAUCCAAGGUCCAGAAAGAGUUAACUUAAAUGACACGGAAACAAUUUCCUGCAUUGCAACGAGCGGAAUACGUUCAAUAACGUACAGUUUAUAUCGAGAGAAAACACUUGUCCAAACAAAGAAUGUAUCAACACCUAAUGCAGCGAACUUCUCAGUAUCAUUUGACAGUGAGAGUGCUGCAGGGGCAUACAAAUGCAAAGCUGAAAGUGAUGAUGCCACCCAAGCAAAAUACAGUGACAUGAUCAACAUUAUAGUUUUAGCUCCAGUACUAGGAAUUAUGCUAAAUUCAAUACCUGAUCCACCAGUUCUAAAAGUACAGAGCAAACUGAUUCUGAGCUGCUUUGUAAAACAAGGUUCUAAUGUGACCUAUCAAUGGUACUUUAAUAACCAGAAGAUAUUGCCAUCUCCUUCAAUCACAAUAAACCAAUCCAAUCUGGUUAUUGAUCAUGUGAAUCUGGAUAAUGCUGGUAGCUACCAAUGUGAAGCAAGCAAUCAAUUCAAUAUGAAAAUAUUCAGAUUAAUCAGCAAUUCUGCAGAAGUAACCAUUAAAGUUCCAGCAUCCAAUCCUGAGAUCUCUGCAAAAAUAACCUAUGUGGCCAAGGAUCAAGUGUUCGCAAGUAUUUCCUGUUUAUCUCAUGAAGGAACCUUGCCAAUCAUAUACACAUUGUAUAGAAACACAAGACUUAUAGGGAAUUACACCGCACAGAUUCGGAGAGAAGGUGAAUUAAUUGUGCAAGUAGAAAGCACUGACAAACUGGGCACCUUCAAAUGUAAGGCUGAGAAUGGAUUUGUAUCAAAGUACAGCAAUGGACUGGUUAUAGAUUUGACUGUUGAAUUGACCUCAAAUCCAGAUCCCCUGAUUCCGGGCAACCAGUUCACACUUAAUUGCAAUAUAACUUAUGAAUACACUGGACUCUACACCUGGCACUUUGUGCACCCAGGAAAGAAUACAACCAGUAAGACAAAUAAGAAUCAAUUAAAUGGCAUUGCAGUAGAUACUGGAAGAUAUUGCUGUUCAGUUAAUGGACAUUUUAGCAACUGGAUUGAAGUACCAGGUCAAGGUUCCAGUUUCCAACCUGUGACAAUUGCUGUCAGUUUAGCAGCCAUUAUUCUGCUGAUUUUGGCUCUCGGAUUGAUUUGUUAUUGCAUUGCACAUAAAGUCCACAGAUUCAAUGUUGCCUAAGCAUAUGGACAUGUCAGUCAGCAAGCUUCCACUUAGUUAUCAUCGAUUGCAAGACAAUUUUAUCCAAGAAACUCCACACAACCAUCAUGAUCAAUGCCUCAUUGAUAUUGCCAGAAGUGUGAGUUCUGUUGGAGCAUUCGCUGGUCUUUGAUAAAUCUCUCCUUCCUCAAAGACUGACCAAUCUGCUAUUUCAUGUUUUAUCAAAGAAGCCUGGUUGAAAACCCACUGAAGUCAAACCCAAGACUGGAAUGUGAGAUCACAAAAUAAUAGACUGGAAUCCUAAUCCUGCAUCACUAAAGCUGCUAGGCCACCCUAAAUUGUUUAAGAAAAUUGAAUUAAUAUUUCAGAAUAGUAUAGUUGUAUUUUAAGUUUUCACAUAUGUUGUAUUCCCAACGGCAGCUGUAAGGGAAUGCUUUAGAUCUGACCAGCGUUCAUUUCCUGCUGUGUCUCCACAGUUACAUAUUCAGAAGGAACACAAGGUGUGGUCCUGCGCUUAGUUUACUUUGCAACAUUUAUACACAAUUUCUUUGUUUCAUAAGAAACAAUUAUGCUUAGUUAGUGAAAUUAUAAGCCCUGUGAAAACAAAUUAGUCCACUUAACCCCAACUCUCCAAUUUUAUUUGCAAAAUGCGUAUGGUGGUAGGACUUCUUUAAACCAAUUCCUUAACUUUGAGUAAAACACAAAUGGUUCAACUGAGCUGCAGAGAAAGUAGGCAAAGAUCACAAGGGCAAAAUAAGGAAUGAAGGUUUGGGGAAGAAGGAACAUAAUGAGGAAAAUGUGCUGAAGAAACACACCAGACUAGUAAACCAUUUAAUUUUGCCUGUUUUAUAUUGAAAAUUUUAUAUUGAAAUAUUUUGACCAAAGUAUUUCUGGCAUAGGCAUGAUGGAACAAAUGGCUUUCUUCUCUGUCGUAUCAUUCUAUGUUUUCAUGAUUUAGAAAUUAACAUAUAUUUCAUUCAAUCUUGAAUAACAAAAAUUUAGUAAAGCAAAGAGCAUUGUGAAUAUCUGAGCUUGUUUACAUACUCAAAAAUCUUGCAUACCCAUAGGGAUAAAUGUUGGGGUUCAUUCCAUUUUUGGAUUUACAUUUAAGUUUAGUUUUAGCUGGGCCUUCAGAGGUAAAUAAUAAGAUGAUAGUAUCUGAAUCAAAAUGGGUUAUUUCCUACCUAUGUUUAACAUGUUUUCUUCUAUUUUGGUUUAGAACUGUUAUCAUUGUUGAUCUUCAUGCUUUUUAGCUGAAGUUUCAGAAGUUGUGCGAUUGUCAUUUGGAUAUACACUCAGUGCUGUGACAUUUCUUUUUGUCUUCUCCAUACUAGACGGUUGAGAAGCAGGUAGAUGCAUGUCUGCCAGGAAAAUCACUUGUUGCCCAUCUGAACUGAACAACCCAUGCAAAAGAUGGUACGAAUGCAGCUCUAUUCCACUUGUGCAGGCAUUAGAUGGCGAGGGAACAGUUAUCUGCCAUUAAACCCAUUUAGCCAUUUAUGAUCAAAUGUUUUGUUACAAAAGCUGGCUAUACUUUUUUAUAGCGAAGGCCUUACCUUUGAUGCUAUGGCUCCAGCCACAGAUGGAAGUUGCCCGCCUACUCAUUGCUAUGGUGGUGUAAAACAGUAUAACUGCAUAAAACGUACACAAGUGUUUAAGCAGGAUGAACUGUUCUAUAGCUUUCAGGGUAGACCUUGUAGAACUCUGCCGUAUAAAAGGAUAGUAAAUUACCUUGUCAAGAUUAGAUCAAAGGUAUUUUGAUAUUGGAUUGUACAUAAUUAAUUUCAGCUUAUUCACUUUCUGUAUGUGUGAUACUGUGUUUAUAAAGGCCACAUAUUAUCCAUUAAUAGAAGGUUUCAGAUGGAUAGGACAAGAGCUUAGGUUAGGCUAAAAUGCUAUCAUGGUGAUUGUCAUUCACUUGAGAAACCAUCAGAAUUAUGGAAUUAUUUCACUAUCUUUGAAAUAAACAUAUCUACGAAGUUCUAUCCAAAAAUAUAUAUAUAUAUCAGCAAUUGGCAAUUACACAAAUAAGCAUUUCAAACUUGUAACAUAGAAAUUUUGUACAAUACCGCCCCUUUGUUAGGAUGUGGUUUUCAACUUAUACAUAAGUCUCUUUUCAUCUAUUCUUUCUUUAUUGAACCAUAAACGUUGUACCUCAAAGUAUA